GCAAGGUGACAUUUACAAUCUACUUGUUGAUAGAUAUAUGCUAACCAUCACCCCUCUGCUUCUCACACAUCUAUCUCUCACACAUGCUGAAACCUUCACUUUUCAACUAUGUGGAGCAACCUACCCUUUGAUCUAUUAACCAAAAUCUUCUCCUUUCUGUCCCCAGACACCUUAGCAAGAGCUAGAUCAACUUGCAAGAAUUGGCACACAUGUUCAAAGGCUUAUCCUUUGACCCCAACAACCUCUCCAUGGUUCUUGGCUUUGCCAAUUCGCAACCACAAACCAUGCUUAUAUGUUCACAACCCAGUAAUAGAUAAUUGGCACCAACUCUCCCUACAAUUCUUACCCCUUGGAUCAAUUAGACUAGUUGCUACAAUUGGGAACCUCCUUCUCCUGAGGCUCACAAAUUCUACCUCCCUGCAAUUGGGUCUUUGCAACCCCUUCACAACCCAGUUUAGGUACCUUCCUCGGUUACACGUUUCAAGGACUAACCCUGCUGUUGGAGUCGCAAUUUCUGAGCCAAACCAUGAUGUUCUGUUUCCUUCCUUUAGAAUCUACGUGGCUGGUGGCAUGUCGGAGGCAGCACCAGGUGGUGCCACCUAUGAACACAAUGUGGAAAUGUAUGAUUCAAGGUUAGACACGUGGCAGGUUGUGGGGUCCAUGCCUGUAGAAUUUGCCGUUAGACUUACCGUUUGGACACCCAAUGAAAAUGUGUACAUAGAGGAUACAACAACGUUGUAUUGGAUAACCUCGGCUAGAGCCUAUAGUGUGAUGGAGUUUGGUGUUGGCUCAAACAGAUGGAGGGAGUUGGGUGUGCCCAAUGCGGAGAGCCUAGAAUUUGCCACGCUUGUUCGGUGGAAUGGUGCAUUGGCAUUGGUUGGUGGCACGUGUGGUGGGAGUGCUUGCAUUUGGGAGCUUAAUGAAGGGGACACAUGGUGCUUAGUGGAUAAGGUGCCAAGUGAAUUGGGUUUGAGAUUGCUCUCUGGGAAGAGAAAUUGGGAGAGUGUUAAGUGUGUUGGUAGUGAUGAUGCUAUUUGUUUGUAUAGGGAUCUUGGAACUGGAAUGUUAGUUUGCAAAAGAGUAAGGGAUAUGUGUAGAUGGGAAUGGGUUUGGGUUGAUGGGUGUGGCUACAUCAAGGGGAAACAAGUGCCCAAUUGCCCAAUAAGAGGGGCGCUUAUUCACCCUACACUUGCUUCCUCUCUAAUCUUUUAAUCCUUAGUCAUCUUUUGGUACAUGUAAAUGUUUGGAAGUGAGAUUGUGAGAGUUUUGGAAGGAUUAAUUUAUGUACAACUUCAUUAAAAUAAAUGAAUUG